CUCGAUUACCUCCUACCAAAAUAUAAUGAGCGUGGGGCAGAGUUGUUCAAAUCCUUCGAUGCCCUCUGGACCAUAUUCAUGGCCGCCGCCGCGGAUAAGAGCACGGGUCGAAAAUACUGCAUCAUUGAUGCGCUGGAUGAAUGCGAUCGAGAAUCGCAAAAUACCCUGUUGCAACAGCUUGAACGAUCCUUUCAGAGCCAAGAUAUCUCGUCAAAUUUCCGGAUUUUGGUCACCAGUCGGCCGUAUUCCGAGAUACGCGAAUACUUAGAAGGGUUCCCGAACAAAGAUUUAGCUUCUUUCUCCGAGAGACAGCAGGACAUUGAUCUGUUCAUCAAGGAAAAAGUGGCAGACCUUGCCCAGAGAAAAAAAUACACCGACAAGGUCAAAGGGCAAGUCAGCGAUAUCCUCAGAGACAAGGCUAAAGGUACUUUCCUCUGGGUUGGCUUAUUAUUAGCCUGUGAGGAGCUCAAGGGUACCGCUUCGCAACGCGCCGUCCAAACCUUACAAAGCAUGCCCAAAGAACUUGAUUCGCUCUACAAGAAGCUUCUUGACACAGUUCUUAACCAGGAUGAGGUCAGCCACGAUGACAUCCGACGCAUCCUGAGCUGUGUGGCUGUAUGUUCGCGGCCACUGACCGUGUUGGAGCUCUCUGAAGCAUGCCGCCUGCACCAGGAUGAAGAGGGCGCUGAGACCCGGGUCCAGUUCACACGCGAGCACAUCGCGUCCUGCCGCCUAAUAGUCAUCAUUCAGGACGACAAGGUGCUCCUGCUGCAUCAGUCUGUGAAGGACUAUGUAUUUAGGGCUCUUGCUGACUAUUUCCCUGACGAGCGCGAGGCUCAUGCCAACCUUGUCUAUCGCUGCGUUGAUCUCCUUACCGACCCGGAUCAGUCGCGUAACAGCUUCUUGGAUUAUGCGAUUCGGAAUUGGCCUCAUCACGCACUCAUGGUCCAGUCGACAUUCGAGGUCGGUUCGCGAGCCGAGUUUUUCCGAAUUGAUUCUGCGCUACGUGAGCAGUGGCUACAG